UAUAUUGUCAUAUAUGAGUAUAUAUGAUUUUUGUCACCACAGAGACACUCGCAAAACAUUACGACCGUCGACUGUCAACCGUUAUUACUCAGAACGUCAUGUCCUUCAAGGAAGAUGCUGCGCCGACCAUUGUAGACUGUCUCCGUCAGAUGUUCCGGACGUCGGCCCACUCGGACUUCGCCAUCGAGGUCAUUCCACCAGCUAGUGACUCAGAGACCCGACAAACAUUCUCUGUGCACAAAUGUCUGAUUGCCUGCCGAAGCAAUAUCCCCGUUAAAUCUGAACGUCAUAUCAUCCACGACACGUCGCCCAUAUUAUUUGACACGCUUCUUCAAUUUAUCUACACAGAUGAGGCUUCCAUGACAAAGGAUAUCGUUGUACCUUUGCUGCAUUUGUCCAGAAAGCUGAAUGUUAAGGGCCUGGAAGCAGAGUGUUUUAAUUUUCUGAUAAACAGAUUAACGUUUCCCGAUGUUUGCAUGUUGUAUGAGGAAGCCAGGUUAAGUCAGCGAGAUGAUGUGAAGGAGAUGUGUAAAGAAAAAAUCACGGAAAAUCCUAGCAUCAUACAAACAUCAUCAUUUCUAACGCUGUCCUUGGGCGGCCUGAAAGAAUUGUUAUCUAUGGAUGAUCUGGCUGUCGACGAAAGCGUUGUAUUCAACAGCGUGAUGGCGUGGGCUAGACAGGGAUGUGAGAAGAAGAGUUUAGAUGUAACGUCCAAAAACCUAAGAGAAGUUCUCGGCGACACAGUUUUCACAGUUCGUUACAUUUGGCUCACAGACGAGUUCAUUGGAUCAGUUGUCGCUAAAUCUGGCCUGCUUGACAACGAUGAACUGUCUGAAUUACUGGAAAUAAAAUUGUCCGGCAAAUUUCCAUCAGGGCGUUUCCUUGUUCAAAAGAGAAACUGGAAUGAAAACGCCGAGAAUGAUGUGAAAAUCCUCUUCAGAUUCCUUGAAAUUCGGAAUUUUGAAGAUUGUGGCUUCUGGUCGUGUGACGGUGAUUCCCUUGACGCAAUUGCACUGACCGUCAGCAAACCAAUACUGCUCUGUGGGGUUACCCUUUACGGGCCCAGAGAGACCAAAAGUGGCCUGUAUCAGGUUCUUCUCGAGCUCCGCAAUGGGACGGAAUGUGUUCAAAAACUCAAGAUCCAGAUGCUAAUGAAAAAAUCCAGCCUCACUAACCUGAUAAGGUUCUCUGAACCGGUAAAAUUAUUUGCAGAACACAAAUAUGAUAUAGUAUUGCGGUUAAAGGGUCCUGGGACAUACUACGGUGCCUUGCAAAAUGCCGAAAUGUUUAUGUCGAUGCAAGUUGACGGUUGCACGGAAUUCUAUCAGCCAGAUAUUCCCCGUUUCAACCAGGAUGGAGUAGUCUUCACCUUUAGCAACAGCCAGUUGGGUGUCGGGGGCCGAACGGACGUACAUAUGGGUCAGAUUCCAGAAAUCCUCUACAAGGUGCCUGUACAAGACAACACUGAAAAAUCGCUGAAAUGAUUUUGUACAUGGUCGCUCACCUUUUCCAUUUCUUCAGGGUGGUUUUUCACAUGUAAAGCGAACUGCUUUAUGAUUUUAAUUAUUUCCCCUGCAUGCGGCCAUAGAAAAUGACAU